UGACAGAAAGAUACUUGAGAAUGAUUUCUGAAGAGAGGAUUGUUCUGACGCUUCUCGUUUAUCUGUCGGGUAUACUAUUAUUCGCGGACGCAAUCAAACUAUCCGGUGAUUGUCCAUCAUUUGGCACUUCUAUGACACAAACGGAACUUUUGCAAGAACUGGCAAACGAAUGUCGUUACGAUAAGAUGGUUCGGCCGCCUGGAGUAAUUAAUGAGACGAAUCCGAUCAGAAUUUACACCAGAGCUUUUAUCUAUACAAUAAAAUCCAACAUGGCCAAAACUCUGCAAUUUGAGGUGCAACUAAUGCUUCAAUUUCGAUAUCUGGAUAAACGGCUCAAAUUUGCGGAUAUUGCUCCUUAUUUGACUCAAAUAUAUGGCGGCCAGAAUGCUCAUGAGUUAAUAUGGACGCCUACUGUGUAUAUCGCUAACGAGCGUACUUCGGUGGUAAUGGGGAGUGGCGUCAAAGAUCUGCUUAUUUCUAUCAAUUCCUAUGGCAUGGUUAUGUUAAAUACUAGUGUUCACUUAAAUUUCAGAUUGGAAGCCACCCUCAACUGUGGUUUUCGAUUAGAGAAGUUCCCAUUCGAUGUGCAAGAAUGUCCGCUGGUGUUUGAAAGCUGGACUCACAAUGUGAACGAAAUGGUGCUAGAUUGGGAUAAAACUCCGAUUGUCAUUGCAGAUAAUUUAUAUCUGACGGAGUAUAAACUUAUGGAUAAAUGGGUCAAUCGCUCUUACACCUCAUCGCAACAACAUUAUGGACAUUUUGCCGGUAAUUUUAGUUCGAUAAGUAUUACGUUUAAACUAGCUCGUGAAAUGGGAUUCUUUAUGAUGGAUUAUUACGUGCCAUCUAUAUUAAUUGUGGUGAUUUCAUGGGUGUCUUUUUGGCUGCAUGUAGAUGCGAGUGCGCCACGAAUAGUUUUAGGGACAAAUACUAUCUUAGCAUUUAUGACACUCGCAUCAAAAGUCGAAAAUUCAUUGCCAAAGGUCUCUUAUAUAAAAGCAAGUGAAAUUUGGUUUUUGGGUUGCACAAUAUUUUUGUUUGCAGCAAUGGUCGAGUUUGCUUUUGUUAAUACAAUAUACAGAAGAAAGAAAAAUGUGCCGUUGAAAAAGGUUAACAGCAAGUAUAUUCUUAAAUCGACUCUGACGCCACGAUUAGCAAGAAAACAAUUUCAGAAAAAUACAACUGGUUUGGAGCGAUCGCGAUCGUGGUCAUCGUUAGAUAACGCAAAUACAAACAACGAGCAAGACUUUACAUGUCAAAAUUAUCUUACCGUUCACAGUUUUCCAAGCACGAUUAACAUACCAUCAGUAAAAAUAGAGGAGACUAAGGAUCCGGAUUAUUCUGUUGAUAGCGUCACAACCAUCGAUAGCACCCCAUCAGCUAAAGCAUUUCCACGCAGAGCGACUCUAGCUAAGUUACAUAAUUUUACAACAAUGACACCUCAGGAAAUCGCUCAAUGGAUUGAUAAACGCAGCAGGAUAGUAUUUCCUGUAUCAUUCAUCAUAUUCAACAUUCUCUACUGGUCUUUUAUAUGGAUUUGAAAUUGUACAAUAAAUUGUACCUUCCUAUUUUUGUUUCAUAUAGAAAAAAAUCUUUCUUAGAAUUCUUUAUAUAAUUUUUUCAGAAUGUCUACAGAGUAUCAAUAAAUAAACGUGAAGUAUA